CCAUUCAAACGCUAGAUUUCGUUAUCGUACCAAGCAUUCUUAUUGUGCUGUUCUGCCUUGCUAUAUCGUUUCCCCGAUAACGCAAUUCCUACUUUGCAAAAUAGGAUCUUUUGGACAGCUAUUUGUUUGACAUCUUUGAGGAACGUGGAACCCUACAUUUCCCCAUUUUGGAUUCGAAUAUAUUUCCUUCAUUCUUACUAUCAUCAUCUUUUUCGACAAACACGAUCACCAUUUCUUUGAUUACACUGUAAAGUCAUCAUGAUGGCAACUUCUAACGCAUUUAUGCCGCAUUUACAUCAACCGAGUCAUUAUCACUCUCAUCAUCAUCAUCAACAAACACAACAACAUCCCUCUCAGCUCCAUGCAUCAUUAUGGCAAUCUGCACCCAGAGCUUCUACUUCAUCAACAACUUCUUAUCCGUCUCACCAUUCUGAAAUGUCGAAAUUUGAACAAUCAACUCAACAAUUGCAACAAGCACCCGCUUUAGUCGCAACAGGAAAAAAGCGUAAACGUUUACAACGUGCAUGCGUUGCUUGUCAUAAAGCGAAGAGACGUUGUGAUGGUGGCUUGCCUUGUUCAAAUUGCGAUUUUAGUGGAAGAACUUGCGCUUAUAGCGAUUCUCAGGGCAAAGCUGUUCCACCGACCAAAAGAACUCUACGACCAAGCGAAGCAGCCAUGCAAGAACAAAAUGUUCAACAGCAAUAUCAACAAGCACAUCCGGCUAUCCAUGACGGUUAUGCUAAACCGAUUGGAUCUUCUCAAUCACCUUCUCCUACUUCACCAUCUUCUUUACAAUCUUUUGCGCUUAACGGAACAAACUCAAGCGGAUUUGGUGGGGAACGGUGGACAUCACAAUUGGAUUUAGCAUGGUCAGCCAUUCAUACUUUUGCCGAUGCUGCUUCUAUGAUGAUGCAAGGUGCUAUGGAAAGUGAAGGAAAGAACGAACGAGUACAGUUACCUCUAACUGUUGCGCAUAAUUUGGCGGUAAUUUUGGAACGAAUGAAUGAACAGCAUGCACUUAUAACUGAACAUAUGACCGCAAUGGGAGUCGCAAUGCUGAAAACAAGUUGUUCAGCAGCUUCCGAAGCAUCUUCUUCUCAUCACGAUCAUCAUGCUUGGUCUGAUUUGGAACGUAGAUCCGAUCGAUUACAAAUGGACGUUCGAAUGGAUUCUGCUCGAUUGUCUGAAACACAAAGAUGGUUAUCCAGCGGAGGAACAGUAGCAUACCGUCAAAAAGAUGGUGGUUCUUCUUCUUCUCAACAAAGAUCUUCAUGGUCCAAUUCCCCUCCCUCACGAUCUAGGACGUCAUUAUCACCCGUUCAAGCUCCUUCGAACGGACAAAGCAGCUCAAUGUUGAAUAUGCCACCUCUGAAAUCACGUCAUAGUAGUACCUCUAGUUCUACUACAAAUGGUUCAAGUGUAAUGACUAUAGGUCAACAAAUGGGACAAGAACAAGCACCUUUUCUUCCACCACUCUCUGGCUUGAGUAAUGGAAAGAGCAAACCUCAUACUCUACCACCACUUCGAUUUCCCUCACCAUCUAAUGCAGAAGAGUCAAACGCAAUCCGUCGAACAAGCAACGACAGCGAUGGAGGUGUUAAGUGGACUCCGUUGAGCACACUUUCUCAUGGAAGUAUGUAUGAGCGUAUGCGUGCAUGAAAGUAGUUUUCAUUGUGACCGUUUUAAUUCAUAGAGAUAGUUACUUGUUUGAAUAAUGAUUUUUUUCUUCCGA